GCGGUUUUGACAUUCUGAGUUUAAUCCACGAGCUAAAAUUGAAGAGUGAAUGAAAUACUUUUAAAACUAAAGAAAUUCAUUGAACAUCUAGAGAAAACUUUAGAAAUUGACCAAUAAAUAUUGGCUUGAUCACAUAUUGGCCACUGCAAGUGUAUCAGCCAGUAAAUUGUUCCGUCGAAAUGGAUAAACCAAUUGUGCUCGUUUUCUCGGCGGAUCCGUCAGUUGAACCGGAAUCUCUAAUAACUAAAGUACGCAAAGUACCAGUCGAACAAUUUCAAGAAAAAUUGUCCGAUGGCCACAUCGGUUUCGGGUACCAUAUACAGACAAAGUACUACGACACAGAUGUUUUGUUUUGUCCGUGGAAGAGCACAUCUGAGCUGGAUGCACUGCCGGAGGCGAUUCUGAAUCAGACGGAAGGAAUUUUAAUUUAUUUCGACUCAAAAGAUCGGAACUUUCUGAAAAGAUUACCUGAUUAUGCACGGUUUGUAACGGACGCAGAUAUUGAGUUUGGAAUACUGUUGUGCUCGGAGCUACAGGAGGAAAGUGAUGAAGGGAUCACCUACCGGGAAGCAAAGCAAUUUUGUGAUUCGUUGGAUGUGAUAGAGUUGGAACCGAGUGGCCAAACGGAAGACGGUGAAGCAGCCGGUGUGGAUGAAUUGAUACAGGCUAUGCACAAUUUCAUCUGGUCUAAUGUGGAUAUGAGUCGGAAGGGUGAAAAUUCAACGGGAGAGCUGGGACUGCAUGUUGGUGAAAAUUCUGUUGAAACCUCCACGGCGGACGACGAACGAAGGACCGAGGAGGAAGUUAAUGAUUUCGAAAUGUUACUGGCGCAGUUGAUGCAGUUCCGGACAAACACCAGUUCCUGGACGAGAAAUGAACGUUUAGCGUAUGCGCAGGAGUUUGCUGAAAUAUUCGAUGAUAUGAUAGCAGACGAUGAAUGAGCUGUGCCCGAAACGAUGACAGUUUGUUGAAGUUUGUCCUUCCGAUAUCUUUAAAAUAUAGGCUGCAUUCCAAGGACAGUUUAAAACCGCGGUUAAAACAGUGGUUGCAAUUAUUUAUUAUAAUUUUUUAUUACUAUCAUUGCGAAUAUCACUUAUUUUAUACCGUUAAUUAUAAACAUAUUUAGUAGUUUUAGGGAGUUUCAUAACAAUACAGUUUUGAUUGAUUAU